CGUUUUUCGCCGACGACCGUGUGUGCGUGUCAGACUCCGUCGUGGUAAGCCGGUGCGCACGGUCCGGUUCGCUGUACGUGUGUGUGUGAGAGUGUGUGUAUUUGUGUGUGAGCGAGUACGUUUUUUCGGAAUUUUUUUUUUUUAAUUAUUUUCCGGCCGUUUCGGUUUUUAUUUUUAUUUUUACUUUUUGGUGUGCGCCGACGGGCUAAUCAAUCGCGCGGAACAGCCGUCGUGUACACGUGUAGGUUAGGUACCUAUAUACCUGCUACGACACAAUUAUACGUUAACGUUCGAUCAAACCGUCGCGGCUAACGUUCUGGACGAUAUCCACCACCGUGUCUCCGCGUGUUUCAGACUUGAUUAAGAAAAAAAAAAUAUAUAAAAAAAAGGAACGUAGACGUCCGAUACCGUUUCGCAACUCUUCGUCGGGAUGAUCCGCAACGAUUCGCACCGACGGCGGUACGGAGGCAAUACCGAGUCGAUCCGACGGACCGUCUGACGAUCAAUUAUCCGCAUAAUAAACAUAGAUACCACGCGUGUGAUUCGCCACACGGCACAGACACAGUGGUCACGUAUAACGUAAACAAUAAUUGCAAUUAUAUACCGCGCGUUACCCAAAUACCGGUAUUUACCGAACACAUCUGGCUACACGUCUCGUUUUCGAACACUGUUCACCGGACGACGAUCAUAAAAAUGUGCACCAAAACGUCCAUCGGACGGCUGAUCGUUGGCGGAGCUAUGUUGCUUCUGGCCACGGAAUUGGUAUCAGGAUCCAUUGAUCACAAAGUACCGGAUGAAACGAUUUCACCUUUGAUUGAAGCUACGUCCAUAAGGGGUCCUUAUUUUGACAAACUUGCAUCAAAAAACGUCACUGCUCUAGUCGGCCACACUGCCUAUUUAAAUUGCAGAGUCAGAAAUCUAGGGAAUCGAACGGUCUCGUGGGUUCGACAUCGAGGUAUUCACUUGCUAACCGUGGGCCGGUACACAUAUACUAGUGACCAAAGAUUCCAAGCAAUACAUUCACCACAGAACGAAGACUGGACACUACAAAUACGGUAUCCUCAAAUCAGGGAUAGUGGUUACUACGAAUGUCAAGUAGGCACAACGCCUCCAAUCGGACAUGCAAUGGUUUUAACAGUCGUAGAACCCAUAACAACAAUCAUUGGAGGUCCAGACAUGUUCAUCAAUAAGGGUAGUACUAUGAACUUAACGUGCAUCAUAAAGCAUAGUCCAGAACCACCACCAUUGAUUUACUGGACACAUGACUCAAAAGAAAUAAAUUACGACUCAGCUCGAGGCGGGGUGAGUGUGAUCACGGAGAAAGGCGAAGUAACCACCAGUUAUUUGCUCGUACAAAGAGCGACCAGCACAGAUUCGGGAAAAUACACGUGUCACCCAAGCAAUGCAAAUCCUCACACCGUCGUUGUACACGUCCUUAAUGGAGAGCAUCCAGCGGCUAUGCAAAAAGGUUCGAAGCUCAGUUUGAAAUCUUCACUAUCAUUCCUCAGCGUCGGCUUGGUGUUAUUUAUUAGCACGUGAUUUACAUGUUGUAAUAUAAUAUUAUAAAUAAAUUAUAAAUUGUAAAAUACUAAAAACAAAAAUUAAAACUUUUAAGUUGUACAAUUAUAUGUAUUGCUACAUAAUAAUAUAUAAUCAUACCUAUAUUAUAUUUUCAGCCAUGCAAUAGCUGUAUACCUAAACCGUUGUUUAUAUUAUAAAUCUGUAUAGGUAUUUAAAUGUUUAAACAUGUAAACAAAAAUACCCAAAACUAUAGGCAUGAUGUGUGUUGUUCCCAAUAUUGAUUUUUAGUGUAAUUUUUAAAAAUAUAAAACUAAAUGUUGUUCUAUUAUUUCUGUUUUAUACAGAAACUCCUUUAUAAAGAUCAAAAUAAUUGUACACUUCAAACAAUAUUUUGUCUUCCAUCAGUGGUAGUUACUUUAGCUAUUUGGUGCAAUGGUGCUCAAAGUACCAUUAAGUAUUAAUGUAUUAUUGGCCCAAAAUCAAAAAAUCAUCAUAAACGAAAUCCGUAUUUCGAUCGUAUCUUAUGAUAUAAUAUAAUAUAUUAAAAUUAUAAAUAGAUAAUAAUUUAAUGUAAAAUAAUGUCAAAAUUGGUUUUUGCAACAAAUUCCCCCCAAAAAAACUCGUCUUGGUUAUGUUUGGCUAUAAGUACCUACCUACAUAUUUUAUACCGUGAGGACUCAUAUUCAUUCUGUUUAUGAAGACUGUUUUUUUUUUUCAUUACAUUUUUCUUGUUAUUGUAAAUAGGUAUAAUUUAUUUUCAAAUCAUAAUUUUUAAUAGUAUGGUUUUAGGUGAAUAAUAUUAAAAUAUAAUUAAAUUAAUUCGGCGGCCAAAGACGGGGCCACAUAACACACGAGUACCUAAAUUCAUUUUUGGUACUUACUGAACUCUUCUACGGAAAUAAUAAAUUUAAAAAUGAUUUUUUUUUUCGCUAAUCAUUUAAGAAUCUAAACAGAAAAAUAAAAUUAAUCAAUUAAUUAAUUAUUAA